AUGCAUCCGCUCAGCCAAGAAGCGGUCAGCGAGGCCAGGCGCGCUCUGCGUCGAACUCGAAGUCUUCCUCAACUUUCCGAUUCAGGUGUGGCAAGUUGCUCAGGAGUGCACGAGGAUGCAAACGGAAAUGCCACUUCUCCUGCUUCACCGAAAGAACUUAAACAGGCGGAUUUGAGACAGUUAUUGACUUUAAGGCAGCAUUAUUAUCCUGAAGGCGGUUGGGGAUGGGCUAUCUUAAUUACGGCGAUGUUGGCGCAGUGCCUCGCACAUGGUCUGCACGGAUGCAUUGGAAUUUUGAUGGUGGAAAUGAUAAAGAAGUUUGGGCCGGAACAUCAGCAGCGUGCAGGCUGGCUGGGUGCGAUGUCUACGGGCGUAGCUCUUCUUAUAUCGCCUGUGACAAUAGCGUUCUGUAGACGAAAAUCUACGAGAGUGACGGCGGUCAUGGGCGGUUUAAUCACUGCACUAGGAUGCCUCUUCACUUCGUUUGCUUCACAAUUUCAUCAACUAUUCUUCAGUUAUGGGGCUGUCGUCGGCGUUGGCGUUGGCAUAACAAGAGAUUGUUCUACACUAAUGGUUGCCCAAUAUUUCAAAAGACGCAGAGAAUUCGUCGAGAUAUUUAUAGUAUCCGGCAGCGGACUCGGAAUUGCUAUUAUGUCCGCAUUUAUUAAGGGUGCCAUAAGUGCCAUAGGUUGGAGGUUAGGAUUGCAAGCUGUGACCGUAGUGGUAUUUAUAACGUUUAUCUUGGGAACAUUUUAUCGAUCAGCUUCCUUAUAUCAUCCGCAACGGCGAGCAAUUCUUCAUCUCAAGAACCAAAAACGUAAAAUCAAAGACAAAAAUAAAGCAAACGAUGGCCCGCCGUUUUUCGAUUUCAGCACACUUAGGAGCAAGACUGUACGGAUAUUACUGGUAUCUACGGGCAUAAGCGCUUUUGGGAUCAACACACCAAUAUUUUACUUGGCCCACCAAGCCGAAGAAGAAGGUAUAGGAGAUAAGGCAGUUUUUCUGCAAGCGUAUCUUGGAAUGGCUUGGACACUUGGCUGUGCAGCUUUUGGAAUUCUAGUUCUGCACAAUAGCGUCGAAUGUCGAAUAGCAAGACAGUAUUUGUGCCAAGCAGCAGUAUUUGUUUGCGGUCUUUGCAUACUUGCUCUGACAGCUGUGCAUGGAAACUAUCAUGGAUAUGUGAUGUUUGCCUGGAUCUAUGGUAUUUUCUGUGGAGGCUAUCACUACUCUCUAAAAAUGUACACUUAUGAAAGAGUUAGAGCGAGAAAUUUUGCACGUACAUGGGGUUUUGUGCAAUGUUCGCAAGCCAUUCCAAUUGCAAUCGGAGUUCCCAUAUGCGGAUACAUGAAUUUAGGCGUUGGUGUCAAAGCUGGAUACUAUUUCAGUUCUACAUGCGUCUUAGUUGGUAGCUUAGCCUUAUUCUUGAUAGAUUUACACAGACGAAAAAUCUCUAGACAUAAGCAUACAAGAGCUAAUGGUACCCAGCAUCUUUGCAUGUCUGAAACAUGUCCGCAAAGACGUAAACUUUCGUUCAGUCAGGAAGCAGAUAAUGAACCUGCCGCAAAUAUUAUGCUAGGCGCCGAUCUCAUAGCAGGAAUACCAUACGAAAAUGGAGUAGACGGGCUACCAGCUAACAAGCAGGAAUUGACCUGCAUUUCAGAAGAAGGUAUAGCUGAUAUGGAUUUACCAGAUAAUUUAUUGGAUGAUUUGGAUUAUAUAGGAGACUGCAUUACAUCAUGCAAUAAGGUUGAAAACUAUCUAAUGCUGAGCGAAUUCGAAAACAAUUUAAUCGCCGAAACUCCCAUCAUUAUGGACCGCAAAGGAAGACGAUGGUCCUUGGCUCGAGGUCGUUCACAAUCUGGUGGAACUCAUGCAAUAAUUGAAGAAAAUCAAGAAGAAGAAGAAGAAAGUUCUAUACCAGUUUCUCAUAUAGAAAAACAUGAUUGCUGCAACCGCGAUCGAUUCAUUACCGUCAUCGAUGAAGUCGCGGUCGAGGUCUCUUGA